AUGCCGUUGAUGGAACUUUAUUUGUAUUACUCGGAAAAACCUUUUGAAUACGUGCAAGUGGGAAAUUCAUUCUCUGGGUCAGUCGUGCAGAAAAUCGAAGGGAUGGCACAUAAACAGACACCAAGAGACUUCUUGAAACUCAUAGUCGGGAGACCAGUGGUAGUUAAGCUUAACUCAGGUGCUGAUUACAGAGGUGUUCUAAUUUCUCUAGACGGUUAUAUGAAUGUGGUGUUGGAACAGACCGAAGAAUACGUUGAUGGUCAGCUGAAAAACAAAUACGGUGAUACGUUCAUCCGAGGAAACAACGCACACAAAAGCGUUGGUGAUGGAUAUAAUUUGUACAGGCCUUUUUUAUAUGAACAAAUCGCGUGCUUAAUUCGCAAAAUAAAUGUGCUUACUCCUGUAUAUUUACGUUUCCUGAAACCAUAG